AUGGCUGCUCGUGGUUGGCGAUUCUGGCUGAUUAUUGCUGGACUGUCAAUAACAUCUCUCCUCACUGCGAUCGAAUGUACGGUUCCAUCGACUGCUCUGCCCACGAUCUCGCGCGAUUUGAACGCAGGAGGGUCGUAUGUUUGGUUUGUCAACGCACUCUUUCUAUCAAGUACCGCCGUCCAGCCGCUCUUUGGACAAUUGGCCGACGUCUUCGGUCGACGAUGGCCCCUGAUCUCCGCAGUGGCUUUCUUUGCUCUAGGCAGUGGCAUCAGCGGUGGUGCCAGUUCGACCGCGAUGCUUAUUGCCGGGCGCACAAUCCAGGGAGUGGGCCUCGGAGGUGUCAACAUGCUCAUUGACGUGGUCGUCUGUGAUCUCGUCCCCUUACGCGAGCGAGGCCAAGUGACCGCCCUCAUCUUCGUCGUGUUCGCCGUGGGAUCGUCCAUCGGGCCAUUCAUCGGGGGUGCCUUUACACAGCACGUCACUUGGCGGUGGGCAUUCUAUAUCAGUCUUCCAAUCGCCGGCAGCGCGAUGGUGUUCAUGAUCCUCUUCCUCCAGGUCAAAUCUCAGAACCACACCACCUUCGCGGACAAGAUGAAGCGCAUUGACUGGCUAGGUAAUACUAUACUGGUCGCCGCGGUGGUAGCAGUUCUCAUCGCGCUCAGUUUCGGUGGCACCUCAUACCCCUGGUCAAGCUGGCGUGUCAUUGUGCCGUUAGUGCUGGGACUCAUUGGACUGAUCGCCUUCGCCCUGGUGCAGGUGACGCCCAAGCUCUGUCCAGAGCCAACCAUGCCCCCUCGUCUCUUCGCGAACCGCACCACCUUUGCCGCGUUCGUUAUCAGCUUUCUGCAUGGGAUGCUGAUGUAUUGGGAGCUAUACUUCCUGCCAGUAUACUUCCAAGGAGUUCAGCUAAGCACGUCGACUCGAUCCGGAGUGGAAUUAUUGCCCACCGUAAUCGUCACUGUCCCUGCCGCCAUCGUUGCCGGUGCUCUUGUUACUAAGACCGGCCGGUACAAGCCCAUACAAAUCAGUGGCUUCGCCUUCAUGGCCCUCGGCAUGGGCCUCUUCAGCCUUCUCGACCAGAACUCCAGCACAGGAGCCUGGGUCGGCUACCAGCUGCUAGCGGCCAUUGGCUCAGGCUUCAUCGUCACCUCGACCCUGCCAGCUGCCCAGGCCGCGCUGUCCGAGGCUGACGUAGCCACCUCGACAGCAACCUGGGCAUUUUGCCGCGCAUUUGGCGCCGUCUGGGGCGUCUCCAUCCCGGCCGCUAUCUUCAAUAAUCGAUUCGCCGCGCAGGUGAGCGCGCAGAACGAUACGGGACACGCGGCGCAGGUGCUACAAAACACGGGUAACGCGUACCAGCAAGCCUCGCGGGAAUUUGUCAUGCAAUUUUCGCCCGAGGUUCAAUCGAUGAUUAUCGACGCGUAUACCGCAGCGCUCCAGCGAGUGUGGCAGAUCUCUGUGGUGUUUGCUGGACUAGGCUUCUUAUUUGCGUGGCUGGAAAAGGAGGUGGAGUUGCGAACCACGCUGGAGACAGAAUACGGGCCGGAAAAGAAAGAGCCGUCGCCCGAGGUGGAGGACGUUACAGUGUCCAAGUGA